AUGGUGAGUCAUAGCUAUAAAAGAAUAACAACGGAUUCUUAUGUAUAUGUUAAACAAUUUCUUAAUGAUCCAGCAAAACAGAUUCUUGGUAUGAACAUUAUCCGAGAUAAGAGAGUUGAAAAGCUGUGGUUGUCACAGAAAAAGUAUGUUGAACGAGUACUUGUGAUUGAAGAACAGCAAAUACUGUUGAAGAAAGUUCAUACUAAUAAGAAUGUAGUAGAUAUGUUAACUAAGAUAUUUUUAAGGGAAAAGCUUGAGCUUUGCAGUAACUUGGCUGGAAUGAGUUCCCUAGCCAAGUUAUUUGCUUCUGUACUUGUUAAUGAUUAUUGCUUCAGGCGCAACACUUUAAACCUAUAUUCAAUUCGUCAGAAAGAACUCCAGUGGCUUCCCUUCAAUGGGCUCCGAGACAGCUUCCAUCCCUCCUUGCUAUUUGCAUCCAUCUUCCUUCUAGUCCUACUGAAAUUUCUAUUGAACGGAAAGUCGAGCAAAAGAAAACCCAAUCUUCCGCCAAGCCCUCCAAAGUUACCAAUCAUUGGCAACCUACACCAGCUAGGUAGCAUGCCACACCUGUCUCUCCAACGCCUAGCUCAGAAGUUUGGUCCAAUUCUUUACUUACAACUAGGUGAGGUCCCAACUGUGGUGAUUUCAUCAGCUAGAAUGGCAAAGGAAGUGAUGAAAACUCACGACCUUGCACUUUCAAGCCGCCCCCAAAUCUUUUCAGCGAAACAUCUGUUCUAUGAUUGCACUGAUAUUGCCUUCUCCCCUUAUGGUGCUUACUGGAGGCAUAUUCGGAAAAUAUGUAUUCUUGAACUACUAAGUGCUAAACGGGUUCAAUCAUUUAGCUUUGUCAGAGAUGAAGAGGUUGCCCGUUUGAUACGUAGAAUUGCAGAGUCUUAUCCAAGCACCACAAAUCUAAGCAAGAUGCUAGGCUUAUAUGCAAAUGAUGUUCUCUGUCGAGUUGCAUUUGGAAGAGAUUUCUCACAAGGAGGAGAAUACGAUCGGCAUGGAUUCCAAAAGAUGCUUGAAGAGUAUCAAGAGUUACUUGGAGGGUUUAGCACAGGAGAUUUCUUCCCUUCCAUGGAGUUCAUACACAACAUAACGGGUAUGAAAUCAAGACUCAGGCACACAUUCCGACGAUUUGAUCAGUUUUUCGAUGAGGUAAUCAAUGAACAUCUUAAUCCUGAGAUACAGAAAGAGGAGCGCAGCAAGGACCUUGUGGAUGUUUUGCUCGAGAUACAGAAAAGUGGAUCUAGCGAAAUUCCUCUCACCAUGGACAACGUUAAAGCCAUCAUCUUGGACAUGUUUGCUGCAGGAACUGACACGACAUUCAUAACUCUUGAUUGGGGAAUGACAGAGUUUAUUAUGAAUCCAAAGGUCUUGGAAAGAGCUCAAGCUGAAGUCCGAAAAGUUGUAGGAGAGAGAAGAGUGGUCUUAGAAAGUGAUCUGCCUCAGCUUGAUUACAUGAAAGCUGUCAUCAAAGAGAUCUUCCGCUUGCAUCCUCCAGCUCCGGUCUCAGUCCCCAGAGAAUCCAUGGAAGAUAUUAUAACCAAUGGGUUUGAUAUUCCGGCCAAAACACGGGUUUUUGUCAAUGCCUGGGCAAUAGGGAGAGAUCCAGAGUCAUGGGAAAAUCCUGAGUCAUUUGAACCAGAAAGGUUUCUAGAUAGUCCAAUCGACUUCAAAGGGCAAGAUUUUGAAUUGAUACCAUUUGGAGCUGGUAGAAGAAUUUGUCCAGCAAUAACAUUUAGCACAGCAAGUGUGGAGCUUGCACUGGCUCAGCUUCUCUAUAGUUUUGAUUGGGAACUUCCCCCAGGUACUGAAGCUAAAGAUUUGGAUCUGACAGAAACUUUUGGCAUCACAAUGCACAGGAUAGCUGAUCUGCUGGUUAUUGCCAAACCACAUUUUCCUUAAGGCAGGGCAUCAUUGAGAAAGAUAGUAAAAUAACUAGAUAAUAGCCCAAGCUUGAAGGGAAGGGUGGAAUAAGCUGUUAUCUGAUUCUAAAAUAUCAUGCUUGACUGUUCUGCAAAAUACAUUAAAGCAAUAUGCCAAUGUAAUACUUCCAACAUGGUAUUUCAUAGGAAAUAAAGACCACAGAUAAAAAUAUAUACAUAACAUAUUAUGUUCAUGAGAUUGAAGUUAAAAAGCAGUGAUUAGAAAAAAAACGCUCACGAGACAGACGAACAUCAAGUAGAGGCUUGUUAGAAAGUUGAAUUGCAUAACCUGCCUCUCUGGGUAUAAGAAUCUUAACUUUUCCUUCCCUAAUCUGUACAAACAACACAGCUAAAACAUUACUGCUAAAAGCGCAAGCACAUGAAAGCUCAAUUUGAUGGAUUUUGCAGAAUCAUCACAAUCAUCAUCCUCAUUAUACUUGUUAAGCAACAUAAACCCAUGUUAGAAAAAGAAAUACUUUAUCAAAAGAUAACAGAGAAAAUUCAAUAAAAAAAAAAA